AUGGUUGCCGCCCCCCCAGCUUAUCCAUCCACUCUCCCUCCUGAAUCUCAGGCCUAUGCUAGACAGGUGAGGCAUAGGGCUUCUCCUUGCAUGCAUGCAUGUGACGAGAGCGCCACAGGUCACUGACGUCGAUCUCGGAUUUACAUUCGAUCCGCUGCCAUCUGAUCAAAGUUCUUCGAAUGUGCCCGAAGAGGUGAGGCGCGGUGAAUUUGCUAGACGUCACUGGUUGAUUCACUGCACCUCACGCACUAUGACGUGCUCUCCACUUUGCACAGGAGACCUCGAAGCAAUGCGAGCCCCACUCGACGCCGGCUUACCACCCAAUUUGACGAACGACAAGGUACGCUGCAUGUCGAUCAUUCAAUCUUGUUUCGACGGAGCUAAUCCGUUCCCGAUUCGUAUCGAGGCUAGGGGGAUACGUUGGUCAUGCUCGCGGCUUACCAUGGCCAUGCCGAGCUGGUUGAAUUUUUGGUUAAGAAAGGCGCCGAUCCAAAGUACGUCAUUCGCCGGCGCCCACGGCACCGCUGUAGCACGCCUGUCUCAGUAUUGGGACAAUAUGAUUUUGGCUACCAGACGACUUAACCUGAUGAUUAUACGCGUAAAUCCCCCUCCGCUCUCCGAACAGUCGAGUCAACGACCGAGGUCAAUCUCCUUUGGCCGGCGCGGUCUUCAAGAACGAAACCCGAGUCGUCCAAGCCCUUUUGGGGGGCGGUGCCGACCCGGAUGCAGGACAGCCCUCAGCUAUGGAAGCAGCGAGCAUAUUCAGUAAGAUGGACGAGUACGGCCCCUUGUUUGAGAAUGCAAGACGACGGAGGAAUGGCGCUGGCCAGGUUGGAAAUGGGAAUGCCACGAAUGGCACACAUGAUUCUCCGACAGCCUAG